UCUUAACAGGUAUUUGCCAGGAUGAAACAGAUUUCAAGGUGAUAUUCCUAUUCAGCAAAUAAGAUGAACCAUUAAUUGGUCAGUAUAUAGUUGGAUCUUUACUGGACCAGAUAUUUAUAAUGGCUUUAUUACGAUGUAUGCUGAUGGUCAUAUUAGUGGAGUUUUGUAAUGCCAUCUUUAUUGCAUGUCCAACACUAACACAAUGUCCAAACUUACCCCAGGGAUGUGUAUGCGGUGCCUCAUGCGGAACGAACGCUUUAGAAAUCAACUGUGGUAAAGGAAAUUUUGGUACAAUUUUACUAAAUGACACUUUUGUUAACUUCACAUCAGUACAAAGUGGCGUUCCCAUCAAUCUAAAAUUACCAAAUAACUUAGAAGACAUAAACAUUAAUGCAUUCAAUGGUAUAGAAGCUAGGAUCAGAUCACUGAAUUUACGAGACAGCAAUUUAGUUCAUGUACCUGCAGCUUUAAGUAGACUCCAUAAUUUACAGGCCUUGGAUCUAUCUGGUAAUCCGAUACAGACAGUGUCUUACUCCGACUUUAACGGCUUUGCAAACAUCCUUCAACUACUGUCGAUCAGUUUAAAUCAUAUGCCAGCUUAUCCGAAUGAUAUUGAUAAGCUUCCUGUCUUGCGUGUCCUAAAUCUCUAUGACAUUUCAUUCGAGAUGAACGACAUGUCCAUUUUCCGUGGCAGCAGCAUAUCAACUCUAAAGUUAACCUUUACCCCUGGAUAUUCUGGACCCAUUUUACCUCCAAGUAUCGUCAAUCUUUCUGGUCUGAGGUCAGUGUAUGUCAAUGGGAGAAGGAUACCGUGUGAUUGUUCUUUAAAAUACUUGCAAGAUUGGGAUGUAUCAAAACUUCGUAUUCAUUCACAGUGUACGACGGAUGAAUAUAAACUUGCUGAAUACAUUAGACGUGACCUUUAUAGAUGUUAGAAAUGUUUAUGAGGGAAUCAGA